AUGCGUGUUGAUGGACAUAUACCUUGCGGUACCGCUCAGCGACUUCCGCUCUCUGUAUGGUAUAUGCUGCUUUGUGACUGGGUUCCUGUAUUGUUUAAUCAUGCCGAAAUCCACCAAAUAAAUCAAGUUGUCGGUGGAGGUUGCCCCAAUCAAAAAGUUGUCAGGUUUGAUAUCCCGGUAAAUGAGAUCGUUCUCAUGAACAAACUGGAUCCUUUCAAUCAUCUGUUUGGCCACCUGUGCCACAGUUUUAAUGCUAAACCUUCUACCACACCAUUCAAACAAAUCUUCCAACGAAGGCCCCAAAAGCUGGAUGAUUAA